AGGUUUAAAUUCAAGUUUAUGGGAAAAUCGCUGCCCAGCGCAACCAACAAGAUUCAGCAGCUAGCAAACAACAAGCUUCAGCAGCUAACAAAAGUCACCGCCUUCAACACAGCGAAAAAGGCUAAACCCCCAACGCAGCCUCCGCCUCCGCUGCGGAGGAUUAUAAACGAAGACAAAUCCAAUCCUAAGAAGAUGGAGAGCUCCAGCGCCAGUCAACGCCUGCCUCUCUCCGAGGUUGUCUCCGAUUGCCUCAAACGUUGGUUCAAAGACACUCUCAAGGAAGCCAAAGCCGGGGAUGUUAACAUGCAGGUCCUUGUCGGUCAAAUGUAUUGUAGCGGUUAUGGAGUUACCCGAGAUGCCCAAAAGGGAAGAAUUUGGAUGACAAGGGCAUCGAGGCUUCGGUCUUCGGUUUGGAAAGUCAGCGAUAAGCGUCCAGGUUAUAAUGCAAGCGAUUCGGACUCAGAUGAAAUCAAGAGCGAUUCUUGAGUUAACAUAUUGUGGUCUCUGCAUUUCGAACACUUAGAUUGUGAGUGCCUUAGUGCUCUGAUAUGUUCUUCUUUGAUUAAUUUGCGCUCUUCACUGCAGGGAAUACUAUUUCGAAGUUUUAGAGUGCCCUAUGUUCUCCUUUGGUCUUCUUUUGCAU